GGAAGCUGCCGCUGCCUGCGACAUCGUCAAGUCCAUCGAGGGUCAUUUAUUGGAUGCGGACAAUGACAGCCUGAUCGUCUGCGGGCACCGCGCCCAGGAGCAGGUGCGACUGGCGGCGGAACAGGAACGCCGCCGCGACGAGCGGAAAUGCCGGCGGAUCGCCGACCAGCGGGCCCUCUGCUUCCGUGCCCUGCAUGACUCGCCGCUCACCCUGCGCGCAUUUGAGACAGGGUGA